ACGUAGGUGGAAUGUAAAGCAGAGGACGGUACUCCACAAUCCACACUCGGGGCCCGAUGGAGUCGCUGCAAUCAGCUGUGCAUCGUAUCUUGUUAUGAUAAACAAGUAAUGAACGGCGAAUACACACAAUUAAACAAUGGAAGGAAUGUUAUAUAAAUGGACCAAUUACAUAAGUGGCUGGCAACCUCGCUGGUUUGUGCUCGAUGGAGGGACGUUGUCUUACUAUGAUUCCCAGGAGGAUGCCUGGAAAGGCUGCAAGGGGAGCAUUAAAAUUUCAGUUUGUGAAAUCCAAGUUCAUUCCUCUGAUUCUACACGAGUUGAUCUGACAAUACCCGGCGAGCAGUACUUUUACCUCAGAGCCAUCAAUGCAGCAGAGCGGCAGAAAUGGCUGGUGGCACUGGGAACAGCCAAAGCUUGUCUGACAGACAAUCGAACAAAGAGAGAAAAGGAGCUCCAGGAGAACACAGAGGCACUGAAAACUAAGAUGUCUGAACUUCGAUUGUACUGUGAUCUUCUUCUCCAACAAGUAAACAAGAUCAAGGAGAAUGAGCUGGGAGAGGCAGCUGAGACGGGCAUUGAUACCGGAAACAUGGUGAAGUCCACAUGCACCACGUUUCUCAAAACUCUAGAGGAAUGCAUGCAGAUAGCGAAUCGAACAUUCAACACAGAUAUGCCCUCACAAACUCCACCAGGAUCUCCUCCAGUAGCAGCCAUCAAACCCCAGAAGAUUAAACAUGUGAAUCAUUUAAAUCAGAACCUUGGAGGAAAAUGGAAAGAUUUGGCUGAUGUUUCUGGAGAAGGAAUGGCACAUGAUAACCAGAGCCUUGACUCUGUAACAGAGGGACCAGAUGAACCAGAAAGACCAGAACCUCAUGCUUCCCCAUCAGACACUGAUGCCACUAGCAACAGCUCAGUCCACAAAGAGCAAGCUGAUCAUACGCUACACACCGUCCAUAAUAUUGAACAUUACGAUCAACUGCCCAAGGAUAAUGAGGAAGAUGGAGCUGAUAAUCAAAUUAAAACAAAACCAGAGCAGAAGUACAAAGUGGACCAAAGUCAACAGCCUGAUGUCAACAGCAAGGAGGUGAACGCUUUGCCGUCUCAGCACCGACAGGAAGGGGUUCCAGACAAAGACAAGGCUCAGCUUGACAGCGAGAUUUCCAGAGAUUCAGCAGAGCCCGAAGACACUGAACAGGUGGAGACUUUCUUCAGCACAAUGAGUCACAGAUUUAGUGAUAUAAGACUGGACGACGACAAUGGUAUCCCUACACAAGAGUUUUUGGACUCAUGCUAUGCAAUAGUGCCUGUCUUAGACAAACUGGGGUCUACGGUGUUUGCAACUGUUAAAAUGGAUUUUGUUGGAAACAUCAAGAAGAUUCACCAGAAGCUGAUGUCAGAGCCUGACAGCUUCCCUACACUACAGUCCAUUGUGCUGCAUGAAGUCCAGGCAGAUGUUGCUCAGGUGCGCAACUCAGCCACUGAAGCGUUGCUAUGGCUCAGACGAGGCCUGAAGUUCCUUAAGGAGUUCCUGUCAGAGGUCAACAGAGGAGUACAAGACAUCCAGGGAGCACUAAAUAAUGCCUAUGGAAAGACCCUUCGACAGUACCAUGGCUGGGUGGUGCGAGGAGUGUUUGCUUUGGCCCUGAGAGCUGCUCCGUCCUAUCACAGUUUCACUGCUGCCUUAGUUUCCAGAGAGGGUGAUGAGCAGAAGAAGGGCUUCAUCAGGGGCAUGCAUAGGGACCUGGGCAUGUACCUCCCCGCCAUGGAGAAACAGCUGGCCAUUCUCGACGACCUGUAUGAGGAGUACAACCUGGAGUCUGAUGAGGUGGUGUAAAAGUUGAAGCCGAGAGCAAAAAGGUCAAGUAAGGCGAGGCGGUGCAGUGGUUUCUAGCUGCCGGAGGAAGGGGUCAGAUGUACAGAGUAAUGUGAGCAUGUCCUGUGUUAGUGUGAAGCGUGUCCAGGGGUUCCUACACUCUGGCAUUAGACUGUCCAUGUCUGUAUGAUAGGAGCCACCAAGGAUCGAAGCAAGGAUUACUCAUUGUCUUGAUCUUGAUCAGAGGCUUGUGGACGGUGAGGGGAAUUAUCCUUGAUUAUGCAAACUUCAACCAUAAUUCAUGGUGACAUUUGUUUCAGGUGUAUGGUUUGUCUCUGUGUUGUGACCUUUCGAGUACUAUACAUGUUUUGAGGUACAUGACGUGACUACAUGGUGUUUGGCUCUAGUAACUCAUUUUUGAACCCCCUUUUAACUGAUGCAGACAGAUUGCCUUGUUGUCUUGGCUUCACCAAGAGGCUCAGCAUAACACAGCACAGCUUUGAUGAACUAGAUGUGAUUGUAACAAAGCCCAAUAUGCCCAUGUGUGUUAUUUACCCGCAUACUGGGCUAAUUCUUAAUAGUUUUCUUGCACUGACUGAAACAGUCAACAUAGGUGUUGGCUUUGUUUGCCCUGAAGUUUUAAUGUAAGUCUUGCAUUUUUGCCAAGGUCAUGUUUAGUUUUCCAUUGCUGACAUGUUGGGACCAAAAAGGAACUGUCAUGUGAACGGCUUUAGCCUCUGCUGCCUACAGUACAGUACCACCACACGUGAACCAGAGAUGCUGACAAAGCACUGACACCUGCUGAAUAUUUACAUGGAUUCCUCUGCACAAGCUUUCGCUGUUACGCAUUUUCAGAGUCUAUUUAUUAUAUUUUAAGUUAUAAAGUUCACAUUAUUGUCUUGGGGAUUAUUUCCCACUUGCGUGUGAAUGUGUGGGACAUUAGUUUCCAUAGAGCAUGUUUAGUGACGGCAAGGUUUAUGUGUUUAUUAACAUAGGUGCCAAUGGAAACCUGUUAUGAAAGUUCAUCCCCUGACAGGGACAGGUAGUGAAAGUUAUAAGGCAUUACAUCAUUGCUGUAUUACAAAUGAACAGUAACCUACAGACUUCUGCUCCAUGUACUUGAGUGUUGUAACCAGCCGUACUUAUAACACUAUAUGAUGUCAAAUUUUAACAGCAACGGGGGAAAAGGUGACAAGCGAGUCCCGAUCAGGUUGGGGUGUGGACUAACUGAGCCAUUGGAACAAAUCAGGAACAUCCUCAUAGGGCUUUUUGAAGACGUACCGCAUAGUAUUUGUUACUUUACUCUUAUCCUGUCAUUUGUGUUUUCAGGAAUGUUCCUUGUCAGUAAACUGUCAUUUGCGAUGGAUAAAUGUCCAGUUUGCCAUUUCCCUUUUUAGUCCAGAUAUUAAAAAAAUGCAAUUGUAAUAUUCUAAAAACGUUGAUUUGUUUUUUAUGAAUGUAUAUAAAAUGCUAUUUGAUUUUUAAUUAAUAAAUGACUAAAUUGUC